AUGGACAAAAAGCAACAUUCAAAAUCAACUGCUAGUGAAUCAUCUUCUUCGUCCACAGCAUAUAAACCAAAGAAAUCAUCAUCAACAGCAACAACAGCAGCAGCAGUAACAGUACCAACAAUAACGACGAGCAGAAAUGCUAUACUUCCUCAAUCUGCUCGUCGAAUUAUUCAAAAUUUUCUUCUCGUCUGGCUUGAUGCCAAUAUUGAUGAAUCCAAGGAAGAUUUUCAAAAUUCGUCAAAACGUUUGCGACGGAUUGUAGCAUCCAUUACAGUAUUCACGGAUGUCGAAAAAUGCGUCAAUUAUCUUAAUGAAAUUACAAAAGAAAAAGUAUUCAUGAUUGUGUCGGGCUCACUUGGACAAAAAAUAGUACAAGAUAUUGAAGCUAUGCCACAACUAGAGUCUGUAUAUGUUUUUUGUGGUAAUCAAUCUUAUCAUGAACAAUGGGCCAAUAAAGUACCGAAGAUUAAAGGCGUAUGUACAAAAAUCGAACGAAUUUGUAAUGCCCUAGAAAUCGAUCGCCAACGAUGUGAUCAAGCUAUGAUAUCGAUCAGUUUUAAUGGUAUUGAUGCAUUAUUUAUGUACACACAAUUUGUAAAAGAAGCACUUUUGGAAAUCGAAGAUGACGAUGCCAAAUCAAUAAAAGAUCUCGUGGAAUACUGUCGUCUUCAAACUGAUAUUGAUGAGGAUGAAACAAAAAAAGUGCAACGUGAAUACCGAGAUCGUACACCGAUUUGGUGGUAUACGUCCCCUUAUUUCAUGUAUUCAAUGCUUAAUCGUGCUCUUCGACAAAUGGAUGUCGACAUUAUACUUAAAAUGGGCUUUUUCAUCCGCAAUCUACAUCAACAUAUUACGGAAUUACAUCACGAACAACAAAGCAGCAAAGCAGCCAUGCCAUUGAAAUUUCAAGUUUUUCGUGGUCAAGGCUUAUCUAUGGAAGCCUUUGACAAAAUGAAGGAAACUGAAGGCGGACUUAUGUCCUUUAAUAAUUUCUUGUUGACAAGUCGUAACCGCGAGAUUUCUUUCAAAAACUUCGCAAGGCCGGCAGCAUUCGGUGCGAAUUCAGUUGGCAUCCUUUUCGUUAUGAGCAUCAAUACGGCCAUUUGCGCAGCAUCAUCGACACCUUUUGUCAACAUCAAAGGUGUUGGCUUCUACAGCGAUAAAGAAGAAGAGAUUCUUUUUUCGACUCAUACAAUUUUUCGUAUCGAUCACAUAGAACGUAUUGAAGACAGAAGUACAGAUCGUCUCUGGCAAGUGAAUCUUACUCUCACAGGUAAUCAAGACGAUGAUUUUAACAAACUUACGGCAUCUUUACGCGAAGAGUUUGCAUGGACUACAGGAUGGUCUCGAAUCGGCGAUAUACUCAUUGCAAUGAGUGAGUUUGAAAAAGCAGAACAUCUCUACAAAUUACUCCUUGAAAGAGUUUCUUCUGAUGAAAAGAGAUCGGAGUACUAUUUUCAACUUGCUACGGUGUAUAAAGAGAUGGGCGAAAAUUCGAAAGCACUUUCAUAUUACGAAAAAUCACUUGAUAUCGAUCAGAAAACUCUCUCUUCUAAUCAUCCCGACUUCGCAAGUACUUACAAUCAGAUUGGUUUGGUGUAUUAUAACAUGAGCGAGUACUCGAAAGCACUUUUAUCGUACGAACAAUCGCUUAAAAUCAAAAAAUCAGUUCUCCCUCCGAAUCAUCCCAACUUGGCUACUUCCUACAACAACAUCGGUUUGGUGUAUAAGAAUAUGAGCGAAUACUCGAAAGCACUUUCGUCGUAUGAGCGAUCACUUGAAAUCCGAAAAGUAGCUCUCCCUCCGAAUCAUCUCGACUUGGCUGCUUCCUACAAUAAUAUCGGUAUGGUGUAUGAUGACAUGGGUGACUACUUAAAAGCACUUUCAUCGUAUGAGCGAUCACUUGAAAUGAGAAAAAUAGCUCUCCCUUCAAAUCAUCCCGACUUGGCCUAUUCCUACCACAAUAUUGGUUUGGUGUAUCAAAACAUGAAGGAAUACUCAAAAGCACUUUCAUACUACGUAAAAGCACUUGAUAUCGACCAGAAAGCUCUCCCUUCGAAUCAUCCCGACUUGGCUUCUGACUACAACAACAUCGGUGAUGUGCAUUCUAACAUGGGCGCGUACUCGAAAGCACUUUCAUAUUACGAAAAGGCCCAAGAAAUCUGGCAAAAAUCACUGCCUUCCGAUCAUCCACAUAUUGCACUUGCGAAAAGAAACAUUGAAGAUUUAAAAAAGAAAAUGUAA